AUGAUCAUCAAUGCACUCAACUCCAGUGCUAAAGUUUUCAUGCACCUUCUUGUCUUUGAGCUUCUCAAAGACUUUCUUAGCAUUUUUGUCCGCCUUGUCCAGCUUGAGCUGUGCGAAGUUGACCUCCUCCACUGCCUCUCCCAGCUCAUUCAUCCAUUUCCUUAUAAUCUUCUUCAGAGACAUGAUGAUGAUCUGUGCUUAGAAUGCAAAAGAAAAGAAAGAAGAAAAGGAAGAAAUAGUGGAAGUGUUUUAGACAAUACCAGGGUGAUUGCAGUUCAGUUCAUAUAUAAUGCAGUUCAGUUCAUAUACCGUUCCAAAUCACUCCAACGGCUCUUUCUCCUUUCAGCGUCUCUGUUUGAUUUUCCCAACUCUCCAUUUCUUUCCUUCAUCUCUCUCAGGACGACAGAGACUCCCACAAGUUACAACCCAACGGCUCUUUCUCCUUUCAGCUUCUUGUUUCUUUUCUUUUCUUUGAUUUUCCCAAACUCUCCGUUUCUUUCUCUUCUUGAGAAUACCGGAGCUGGCAGAAAAGGGCUUAUUUACGCCACCAAUCAGGAUCUGUCACGUCAGACAUUUAAUGAGGAGGAAGCAGUACACUCUAUCACACAGGAUUAUUACUCAAUUAAAACUAAAAUCAUCAAACAGAAGCCCUUACCUGGAGAAACCCAUUCCAUCUCCUCCUCUCCUCUGGAGCCGCCACGGCGUCGUUCUGAGCUGGCGCUGACACACCCAACCUCAAGUUUUUCAAUCAAAGCAGUAAAGAUGGUGGAUGAUGAGGUCCAAGGUUUCCAUGAUAGUGACAUUGAUGAGCAACGAUGUUAUUGGAUUUAUGUUUCAUAUGAUUUAUGAGCAUGAUCAAUACAUAUCUAUGUGAAGAUGGUGGAUGAUGAGGUCCAAGGUUUCCAUGAUAGUGACAUUGAUGAGCAACGAUGUUAUU